AUGGCGGUGCCCUUCUUAGAAUGGGCUCUGCUGUUUAUCUCUUGAUACCAAUUUCAUCUUAAAAGUGGACCUACUUCAGACCGAUUGGAUUCAGUUAGUAAAACACGAAGGAUUCAUGUUAAAGGAGUCCAAGGACACUAUGGCGUCCAUCACGGGCCAAGCGUUUCUGGACCACAUCAAACCUUGUUGGUACUGGGACAAGAAGGACCUGGCCCACACGCCCUCCCAGUCGGAGGGUCUUGAUUGCGGCAUUGAGGCCCGCUACCGGAGGGAAGGCGCCCGCUUUAUAUUCGACGUGGGAACCCGACUUGGCCUACAUUAUGAUACGCUGGCAACAGGCAUCAUCUACUUUCAUCGCUUCUACAUGUUCCACUCCUUCAAACAAUUCCCCCGAUACGUAACGGGUGGCUGCUGCCUUUUCCUGGCCGGGAAGGUGGAGGAGACGCCCAAGAAGUGUAAGGACAUCAUCAAGACGGCCCGCAGCCUGCUCAACGACGUGCAGUUCGCCCAGUUUGGAGAUGACCCCAAGGAGGAGGUGAUGGUGCUGGAGAGGAUCCUUCUGCAGACCAUCAAGUUUGACCUGCAGGUGGAGCACCCCUACAUGUUCCUGCUUCGCUACGUCAAGCAGCUCAAAGGUGUUGAAGGGGACAAAAGUAAGGUGUGCAAAGUGCUGCAGAUGGCAUGGACCUUUGUCAACGACAGCCUGUGCACCAUGCUGUCGGUCCAGUGGGAGCCCGAGAUCAUCGCCGUGGCCGUCAUGUACCUGGCAGGCCGCCUCUCCAAGUUCGACCUCCAGGGCUGGGUCUCGAAGCAGUCGUCACGCCGCUGGUGGGAGCAGUUCGUCCAGGACGUGCCCGUGGAGCUGCUGGAAGACAUCUGCCACCAGAUCCUGGACCUGUACUCACAAGGCAACAAGCCCAUCCCCCAGCAGAUCCAGGAGAAGGAGCGCGCCCACCCCCAGCCCCAGCCCCCCUCCCUGGCUCCCCCAGCCCCGCAGGCACCCCCGCCCGGGGCCAACCCACCACUGCCCCCACAGCCCAAGAAGACCUCACCCCAGGGCGCCAGUCCCGCCCUCCCACUCAAACGGCCCCACGUGUCCCCAAAAGAUGAACCCAAAGCUCCAGAACCUGUUGGCCUAAAGAUCCCUCGCCUGGAGAGCCCCCAGCCCCCCCAGCCCCCCCUGCCCACCUCCCAGCCCCCCCCAGAGCGCCCGGCCCCGGCCCCGCCCACCGAGCCCGAGCCGCUCCCCGAGGAGGCCCCGCCUCCCCCGGCCGUCCCGCCCCCCCUCCCCCACCGCCCGCCGCCCCCGCCCCCCUCCAACUACAUCAUGUCCACCACCAGCUCCUACAUGUCGGGCGAGGGCUUCCAGAGCCUGCAGUCCCUGAUGAAGACGGAGGCGCCCGCCUACGCCCCGCCCAUGCCCCCCGCCUACGGGCACCCCAUGCCCCCCUACCACGCCUACCCGCCGCCCAACGCCCCCCCGCCGGGACCCCCCCCUCCCCCCACCUCCUACCCUCCAUCCAUGCCGCCGGCCUUCCCCCCGCCCGGCUACAACCACAGCUACCCGCCCCCGCCGCCCCGGAUGCCCCUGGGCCACGAGUACCCGCCCCCCCCCGGUCACGACUACCCCCCCCUCCAGGGUCACGACUACGCCCCCCACCAGGGACUGGAGUACGCCCAGCACCAGGGACUGGAGUACGCCCAGCUCCCGGGACACGAGUACGCCCCGCCGGGGCACGAGUACGCCCCGCCCCCGGGCCAUGAGUAUGCCCCGCCCCCCGGUCACGAGUAUGCUCCGCCUCCGCUGGGGAUCCCAGGGUACCACCCCCCACCUCUACCGGGACAGCCCGGCGGCAUGCCCAUGAACCACGGCUGGUUGAGAUGA